CGGAGCUGCCAACGGGAAGAAAGAAUCCUACGUCAAAGAAUGGAGUUUUUUCUAAGGGAUAUCGAUGCCGACAGUGGUGACAGAGCUUCGUGGAGAGCUAUCGGCCACCUCAACACCACUAGGACAGAACUAAGGGAGGUGUUGACAUUGGCAGAUUCUGCAAUUGGAAUGGCCAGCCGAGCAGAGAUGGCAGAAGUUGCUCCAGUCAUCUGGAACGAGAUCCGGACGUCCUUGGAGCGGAUCCUCGUGAUGACAGGACAACAGAUGGACGAUAACAUCAUUCGAGGUCAAGAAACCCCAACCGAACCUCAACGGACCAUCACCUGCCAGAUCUGUCAGGAUGCUCUCCCGACGAUUGUGAUUCAGCCUUGUCACCAUACCCUUUGUCCGGCAUGCGCUAUUCGAUUAUACGUUUGCCCGUUCUGUCGAAAGACAGUAACGGGCAGAAAGAGACUCUAUUAUGACGGAUGA